AUGAGUGAUGAUGCGUUAUUCGCUUGGGAUUGCGAAACGUAUUCAGAAAAAAACAGUCGAAGAGCAAUUCCUUAUGCCUGCACUUUAAUUAAUUCAGAAAAACUAAGAAAAAAGUUAGAAAUGAUAAAAAAUAUCUUUCCUACUGAUAAUGUUCCAGAAGAAUUUAAGGAUAAACUAAUGAAUGUAGUAGAACUAUUUGUAGGUACAGAUUGUAUAGAUCAAAUGUUGAAAUAUUUAGGUCAAUAUGAUAGAAAGAGAUUAAUAUUAAUUUCUCAUAACGGCAGUGGUUUCGACAACUGGAUCGUGCUUAAAAAUACAAAAAAACUAACGCAUUGCCCUUUAAAAACACCCAGAGGAAUUCUAUCUUUUCCUUUAUCUAAUCCAUACACAGAUGAAGAUUUACAGAAAAAAUGGAAAAGACAGAAAGAAAUAAAGGGUAUUAAUUUCACGUGUUCCUAUCAACACGAAUCCUCUAGUUUGGCCGCAUGGGGAAAUUCUUCCAAUCUUCCCACGAAUUUGAGAAAGAUUGCCGACGUAGAUAUCGCUAAAUACACACAAGACAACUGGGAGGAAUUGAGACACGAAUGGGAACCUUACGCCAAGAGAGACACUCUCUGUUUGGGAGCUUGUUUGAUAAAAUACAACCAAGUCACGAAAGAAGUUGUAAACCAGAAUAUGUCCAAUAAUCUAACGGCUCCAUCUUUAUCUUUAAAGGGUUGGUAUUAUUUAUAUCAUUACGAUAAAGAAAUGGUGGAAGAAGAAUGGUAUGAAACUACUAGAAUGGUUGCGAAACAUACCGAAAAAGAAAAUAUAGAAAAAACUGAAUAUCCGAGAGCGGAAGGAGGAAGAUCGUUUCUACCAGAAGAAGAAAAAGAAUUUGUAAAACUCUUCAAUAAACAAAAAUUCAGACCUAGAACAGCAAUUUUAACAGUGUGGUUUGACUAUCCCAAAAACAUGUUCUUCCAACCGAUACCAGCUAAAGAUAAAAUCACUUUCACGAAUAAAGGAGGUAAAAAGGAAACUGGUACUAAAAUCAGGUUCAGAAAUGGUUUCUGUCACGACGUUUUAACAUCGGUCGAUAUUCAAGAAAUAGUGAAAGCUGGUGGAAGAAUUAUUAGAAUAUUAGAAACUCCACCCUAUAGAGAUUAUAUUUUAAUUUUGAGAGAUCUAAGAAAUAAAUAUAAACGAGAAGGUAAUAUCGUGGGUAGUAAUUGCAUGAAAUUAUUAGGUAAUUCCUUGUAUGGUAAAUCAAUUCAGAAAGACAUAUUCACAACUAGACAUUUAUGGAAUGAAGCAACUUUACAGGCCAACUUUGAUUCACGUGUUAAAACCUAA